GAUCAAACAGAAUCGUGGUAGCAGGUUUUUGCUAAAGUUAGCAUAAUUUUGAAAUGCAAAUCUGGCCACCUUGGUCACGUGACAGGAAACUUUUUUUUCAUCACCAGAACCAUGCUGCGCAGCGCCGCGCCGCAGCCGGGCCACGGGCAACGGCCACCUGGCCGGCGGCGCGGUACCAACAUACAGUACAGCUCAGCUCAUCACGCGCGGCCGGUGCUGGCAUAUCGUAUUCUGAACAUCGAAGUACACCUCUAAUCAAGACCGUGUACUUGACUUGUUGCAGUCUUGGCGAAGCAAUUCGCAUAAAGUUUUACGAGAAAAAAAAGGAGCAGCCUUCAAGACGACACGGAGAAGUUUAAAAGUAGGCCCAUGGAGCAUCAGGAAAAACUUGACAGGCUCUGGGAUGAGGGCAUGACAAACUAUGGGACAGCCGAGGCUAAAAGAAAGGUUGCAUUGGCCAUCGAAAGAACUGGUUUGACUGCGAAGCAAGUGAAGCGUUGGAUAGACAAUAAACGCAGGACAAACCAUCGAAAGAAUGGCAAGCAGAGGGUCUUACCCCUGCGCAAAAGAAGAUGCAGUGGCUACAACAUCUUCAUGAAGAAGUUUAUAGGCUCAAAAGGUGCCACGGCUCUUAACAGGGCACAGAUGAUGCAGCAAGGUGUGCAGGAGUGGCGGGGGUUGGAUGAGGAAAAUCGAAUGCUCUACAACAAAGAGGCUGACAAUCAGAAUCAGUUACCCCAGCAAACCACAACCCUUGGAGAAUCAGGGUUUCGAAGCUUUGCCAACAAUCUUGGCCAUGAAGUUUCUAACAUGUGUGCAAGAGUUGAUGGCUUGGACUGGGUACUGGUGUGCACUAGUGCAUCUUUAGGGAUCUCUACAGUGCAUGGCAGUGAUGUUGGUGUCGAUCUUGCCACUUCCACAAAUUUUGCGUCCAAAUUUUGUGCUUCCAGUGGAUUUAGUGGAGUUAACAAGUCCAGCACCGUUACUGAAGACAUAUCACAGCUCAGGGUUAAAGUGCAGCAGCUCUUCAAUCAGAAAUACAGGGAUGCAACAUUGGGCAAAAAGAGCCAGAUGAGCUACAAACUGCUGGAGGCUGGGCAGAUAGAAUGCACAGGGCUGCCGAUGCCCUUGAAGAGGCCUGGGGCCUAUGGGAGAGAGGCCCUCAAAAAAAUCAUUGAGGCAGAACCAUCUAUCAAAUUCACAGUGUCUGCCCAGCCUCCCUCCACAUUGGAUGAUGGCCCAUCUGGCCAGCUUAAUGCUCAACCAACAAACAGCAUGUCUGCCCAGCCUCCCUCCACAUUGGAUGAUGGCCCAUCUGGCCAGCUUAAUGCUCAACCAACAAACAGCAUGUCUGCCCAGCCUCCCUCCACAUUGGAUGAUGGCCCAUCUGACCAGCUUAAUGCUCAACCAACAAACAGCAAUGUGCAUGUAGAAACACCAAGUGACUUGACAUUGCUUCAACACAUGGUUGAGCAAAAUGCCACAGAUUCAGAUGAAUAUGAAGUGGAGUGUUUGACGGAAAGAAAAAAACUAAGAGGCAAAAUAUACUACCUAGUAAAAUGGAAGGGUUUUACUGAGCAGACAUGGGAACCAGCAGGCAAUGUCUCAUACCAGCUGCGUAGCAACUUUAGUAAGAAAUAGAAACGAUAA